CGCUUCCGGCUUCACGCGCAGACCAACUCUUUACUACGAGCUGAAAGGAGCUCGAGCGGCGCGUGUCAACAGAAAACUCCGGUAAAAACAAAACAAAAAACAACUUUAUUUCUCCAGAGAACACAGUGGGACCCGAGUGUGACAGGACCUCUCGGCUCGGCUCGGCUCGGCUCCGACCCCCUCCGAAGUUCACCCCAGAGAAAGAGAGUUAGAGAGAGAGAAGAGAAGAGAAGAGAAGAGAAGAGAAGAGAAGAGAAGAGAAGAGAAGAGAAGAGAAGAGAAGAGAAGAGAAGAGAAGAGAAGAGACGAGUUGCUGGAGAGGGAGAGAGACAUUUUGUGGAGUAGGAGGAGAAGAAGAAGUCAGAAGAACCGACAGCAGCGUCGAAACAAGUUUAUCUUUCUGUUGAUAAUGGGAGAAAAGGGCCGAGUGAGAAGGAGAGAGUGAGAUGCUGUCGGUGAACUAGUGGCUCUCGCACAGACAGAAAGAGAAGAGGGGCCCGCGGGUUAUUUUGGUUUCUGCCUCCAACAUCACUCACACCAGGAAAGAGAAGAAGAAGGAGAAGAAGAAGGAGAAGAAGCUCUGCAGGGGGACGAGGCUCAGUGGUGGGCACAGAUUUUCUGGCCGUGUGGAGCUCCAGCUGCUGACUGAAUGCAGAGGAAAAACUGAAAGCUGAUCUCCAGACCUCCCUGCCGCGUUAGGGGAGAUUGUUAGAUGUGUACCCAACACUCUAAGCCCCUGGCCUGGCCGUGGGGAUGGCAGCUUCUGCCCUGAACCUGAACGUCCUAGGAGUCAUGAACAGCAGUAAUCAGUUUCACACCCCGUCAGGCUCCUCCAGCACCACCGCCCGAACUAGAACCAGCCCCGUCGCCCGGCCGGUGCUGCCGGUUCCAGAUCGAAGCACCUUCUGCCAGCUACUGGGUGGAGGUCUCUACAGCCCCACCAGCCCCGGGACGAGCCCCCCACCCCUCGGUCAAACCUUUGCCCUUCCCAGUCCAUCCUCGCUCUUCCCAAGCCCCUCCCCUCGUGCUCGCUCCCCCUCCCCGCGGAGCCCGGAGCUUCUCGGAGUCAAUGUGGGCCAGCGGGUCCGACGCCUGAGUUCGUCCGGCGGUGAGGAGAGCAGGGAAGGAGACGGGCUGGACGAGAGAGGAGGAGAGUCGGGAGAGGGGGGCAGGCGAGAGGAGAGGAGACGCCAAGCGCAGCUGCUGCAAAUCCACCGAGAGCUGCAGAACGUUGAGGUCAGGGGAAAAGUUGGCAUUUUCGAGGCCCACAUUUCCGGGAUUCGUGCCCAGGUGCUUAACAACGAGCUCCAGCGCAGCCCUCGAUCUCCGAGACGAUCAACAUCCCAUCCCGGCCAAGGGAACACAGCUCUUACAUGCCCAAUGACCCAGCCGCAAGAGAGGCCCUCUGUUGUCCAAAAUGGGGGAGAAAAGGGAGAAGAAGUAACAGCAGGAGAAAGGAGAGAAGGGGAAAGGAACGACAGCCCUGCAACAAAAAUGAACACUGAGAAUAAGACGCUGAUUGGUCUAAAUGGCCGCCUUUCAAAACCUGUGAUGCAAACUCCUUGCUUAGAUGGGUUUGUUGUUCAGGGUUCCCUUGAGGCUCUCGACCCAAAUGCAAAAACAGACCGAGAGAAGCAGGAGGGAGUAAUUCUGGGAGCAAGUGAGGGAGAAAAAGACAGAGGGGCGGGUGAAAACCAACAAAUUCUGGAAGUUGAAAGAGAACGGACAGAGGGAGAGGUGAGAGAUGAGAAAGAGAACUGGUUGUGUCCCGAGAUGCUCCACACAGAGGCGAACAGGCCGGAGGUUAACCCUGAAGCCGCUGCUGUGGGUGAGGCGCAGAGCAGUAAGAGCACCCGUUGUUUGGACAUCACUGAUCAGACCUACAACCACUCUCCCUCCAUCCCUGCAGUCAUCAUAACUGACCACGGAUUGGAGAGCCAGCUUCAAACUUCCGAUGGCCCCGGCUCAGACCAGGGAAUAUGCUGCACCCCGAGUCCCGGUUCCAGCCCUGUCCCUGGGCCAAACUUCUCCACACGCUCCCUCAGGAAGCUUUCAUCCUCCUCUGCCUCGUCGGCCGGGUUCUCCUCAUCUUGGGAGGAGUCGGAGGAGGAUAUUUCCAGUGAUACAGAGAAAGGGGAGCAGCUCCUCAACCCUGCCGUCCUCAGUUCUCAACAGAAAGCACAUAAGUCUUGGAAGAAGAUUAAGAACAUGGUCCACUGGUCUCCGUUUGUCAUGUCCUUCAAGAAGAAAUAUCCCUGGAUACAACUGGCAGGGCACGCAGGGAGUUUCAAGGCGGGAGCCAACGGCCGCAUUUUAAAAAAACACUGUGAAUGUGAGCAGCGCUGCUUGUCCCUCCUGAUGAGGGACGUGCUGCGCCCCUACGUCCCCGGUUACCAUGGAGACGUAGAGAAGGACGGCCAGAAGUACAACCAGAUGGAGGAUCUGCUGGCCGAGUUCGACUUUCCAUGUGUGAUGGACUGUAAGAUGGGAGUGAGGACCUACCUUGAGGAAGAACUGACCAAGGCUCGUAAGAAGCCUUCUCCGAGACCUGACAUGUAUCAGAAAAUGAUCGAGGUUGACCCUGCGGCGGCUACACUCGAGGAAAACGAGCAGAAAGCGGUGACCAAACCCAGAUACAUGCAGUGGAGGGAGACCAUAAGCUCGACGGCCACCCUGGGAUUCAGGAUAGAGGGAGUCAAGAAGGAGGACGGGACCGUGAACAGAGAUUUUAAGAAGACAAAGACGAGAGAGCAAGUUACUACGGCCUUUCACGACUUUGUCAAAGGAAAUAAGGACAUUCUGAAGAGUUAUCUGGCCAGGCUGAACGAAAUCAGAGACACUCUAGAUACCUCCCCGUUCUUCAAAACCCACGAGGUGAUCGGCAGCUCCUUGUUAUUCGUUCACGACAGUAAAGGGCGGGCCAAAAUCUGGAUGAUUGACUUUGGGAAAACCACGCCUCUCCCCGACGGAGAGGAACUCACCCACCGAGCAUUGUGGGAAGAGGGCAACAGAGAAGAUGGCUACUUUUCUGGACUUGAAAGUUUGGUGGACAUCAUUUCAACCAUGUUGAACUCUGAAACUUGAAGUCUCAAGAGUUUUGAAUUGAACAUUUGGACUCACAACAGCAAUGUGGAUUGCUCUCAGACAUUUGUCCUCAUGUUGGUAAACACAUCAACACCACAACAACCACUGGCCAAUUCACUGACGAAUGCAUUGUCUUUAUUCUUAUCCAGUGGAGGUUGAGGAUCUCCACCAUUCACAGCCUUCUGGUGUUUUCCAUAACCCCUUCAGGGUUUUUUCCAUCAGUCAUUUUAACUUGUCACAGCAGGAGACACUCAGUAACAUUAACAAUGCCCCUGUAAUACAUGCACAACAUGUGCUUCUUCUCCUGGGACUUGUUAAAAUGACUGCUGCGAGAAAAAGUGUAUUUUUCAUAUAAUAGUAUAGUUCUCAAUACAAAUUCAAGGACUAGGCAAGAACUAUUCUAUGUUUCUAUAUAUUCUAAGUUUCUCAAAGCCUAUGAAUCUCUCAUUUCUUUUAAACUCGUAUGUGGGUCUCAACCCCAAACACAUUUUUUCUUUUAAGAUAGAUUUUUUUAGCAUGUUACAAAUAUUUAUUUGUAAAAUAUAUCAAGAUAUGUUUUGUCUUUUCAUUGAAUUUGUUUGACACUAGGAAAAAUAUAGAAUACCAUCUGACUUGAAAACAACUGUGCAAAAUCAAACAAUGGCGCCCCCAGGUGGUGAAACAUAAAAGUAAAUUAUAAUUAGAGUCAAAUAUUUCAUUAACAAACAACUAUUCUUUCAUAAUUUGUGAUCCUAGUUUGACAGAUGCUUCAAUUCCAUAAAACAGUUUGCAUCAGGAUUUUAAAAUGGCAGGGGUUCAACAAUUUUAGUGCCAAUUAAGAAUUUUAAACGACAACCUUGUUCCCAGCACCUUUGUAUAAUCUGCUACACUCUUUAAUUUGUGUACCUGAAAUACAUUUUACUUUUCAUUUUUUAAACACAACCUCCGCUCAUGUCGGUUUUCUUAAAAAAACACGUACAGUAAUUAUAUUUACACCAUUAGAGACUGUACAGUUGCAUGUGUUGUUACGCAUUAGAACAUGAUUUUAGGUUUGUUUUUACAGUGGAACAACUAAACUAGUCUCUUUUUCAAGCCAUAAUCAGAGUUUAGACACUGUCGAUUGGUCGUCUAUGUUUUCGAACUGUUGUCGAAGUCAUUGUUUCAAAUGGAGACAUCGAACGUUUGUGGCCACACACUCUUCACCCUCCUCACACGUUGUUGGGAUUGUUCACGAUGUACAGACAGAUUGAAUAUGUCAGACGUAGGUUUUUUGUUUUCGAUGUAACAUGACUUUAGUCAAACUCCGUGGAACACUCACAGCCAUGAACAAUCGUAUUUAAGCUAUACAGUGCCUUGACGUUACAAAGCCAAGUAACUGAAAACACGUCUCUGGAUGUUAUUGUCAUAGUCUUAAUGAUCAGUUCCUGGGUGCAUGUUUAUUAUCCUAUCUUAAUUUUGUAGUUCAUCUUGUUUUUAUUUAUAACAUUAUAUUGUGUUUGUUUUUUGUUAAUGGGAAACUGUGACAUUUUCAAUCCUGGGCUGUUGUGUUGUUUUGUCUUCAAGCAUGUUUAACAGUAGGGGUCAGGUUGCUGGCAUUGUGGACGACUAUUGAUAGAUUGAUUUACAAUCAGAGGAUGAGACCCAUCCACUGUAAUGGGAAAACAGUCACUUAGAAUCUAACUUAGCUAUAACAGGUUCUUGAUGAACUGUAAGAACAUGGUAGUCCAUGCAGUGCCUUCUUAAAGAGAUGGUCCCACAUGUUUGGGAGACGGACUUGUGAGUGUUCUUGUUGGGAGUUAAAUGAGAAAAAGAUCGACAACACCGUUGUGGGCGAAAUGUUUCAACCUUCUAAACAAACCCUCAGCAAGAAAGACAACAGGUGGGUUUGCCAACAUGUCCAACGGUUCCUUUCAGACCAAACAUCUUAGUGGUUUGCUUAUGCUCCCCAAUGUGCACUUAAGAGUCGUGUCUUAGUAGGUAGGAUGUUGUUCUUGGUUUUUCUAUUUAUUUGGAUUGUCCUUUGAAAUAGUUUGUAUCUGGUGAGAAAGGUCCUGCUUCCAUGUGUGACUUUGGGAUCUCUUUAUCUAUAUAACUAUGUAUCUAUCUAUUAGGGGUGUAGCGAUUCUCCAACUCCAUGGUUCAGUGCAGACCUUAGCUUUACGCCAGGAUAAGAUUCAAAAGUAAAACUCCUCUGCCAAGGCACCAGAUCUCAUACACUCAUAAAUACCAGUUCCCUUAAUGUGCCUGAUUUUUAUCAUCAAGAUCCAUGAAUUAUUCUGUGAGAAAAUGGGGGAAAUGGUGUUUGAGAAAGUGGGAAAGAACCAAAACACUCUUGGAUCCAACCUCUGAUCCAGAUCCCAUCAAAGGUUUAUGGCUUCUUUUGUGACACACACGCAUUCUUCCAGCCAGUUUGGUGGAAAUCCGUGCAGUUGCUUUCAAGGUAUGAAAACAUAACCUCCUUGGUGGCUAUAAAAGAUCUGGUAGAGCAGUAGACGUAAAUAUACAUGUGGCUCUAACUCUAAAUAGAUUUUUACAUCAAUAAAUGAACAAGAGAUCAACAGGCUGUUGCUGAAGUGGAGACAGAGGGUCGGGGGUUAACAGUUCAGUCCUCCUGUAUCCUAACACUAGAAUGUGGACGUGUGUGUGACGGGUUUGGUCUCGUUUUCAGAAUCGUUACAGCCCUGAUAGAACAUUUCUCCUCAUAAUCUUCACUCACAACAAGCUCAUUGUCCCACAGGACGAGGGGAUAAGAGCCCAUCCUGUACAAAGUUCUGUGGAGCUGUGGAUUCAAACCCCUGAACUUAAUAUUGAAUCAUUCCACCUGAUAGUACUGAUUUGGGGGUUUGGGCUCUGGUACAAAAACGACUGUUAUCAUCAGGAUUUGAUCACACACAGAAAGACCCCGACGUGUUUCUAGUUCAUCACCACUUUGCCACAACAACCACACACAACUUGGGAAAUUGUGUGUCCACCUGAAACUUGCAUAUGAUAUUCUACCUUAGGAUCCUGACGUGACUUUUUUCCACUUGUGUGUAAAAUAUUUCCAUGCACUGCUGGAGGCUGAAAAUCCAAAAGUUCGAGACAAAAAGUUGCUUAUGCAAGAAUUGUUCGCCCCCCCGACAUUCAUGCCAAUAAAGCAUCCUGAAUGGAAAAGAAACCGAA